ACGUCAUUUCCGACCUAUAUGUUCUCUUUAGGUAGACACGUGGUGCAGGUGAUUCGCGGACGUUUUCUGUUGCCACCGGCAUCUGUUAUUUCUUCUGUUAUAGAUUCAAAUUACGUGAAACAUACGAGGAAAUUGAGCUUUUCUAAGAUGGAGUAUCACACGGUCGAAAGAGGCAAACCUUACAGUACAGAUUACAGAGUAUAUUUCUACGAUUCAAAUGGACCGGUAUCGCCCUUCCACGAUAUACCCAUGUUUGCCGAUAAGGAGAAUAGAAUUUUCAAUAUGAUUGUUGAAAUACCGAGAUGGACCAAUGCAAAAAUGGAAAUAGCCACUAAAGAACCUUUAAAUCCUAUAAAACAAGAUGUCAAGAAAGGGAUGGUAAGAUUCGUACACAACUGUUUCCCCCAUCAUGGCUACAUUUGGAAUUACGGAGCCAUUCCACAGACUUGGGAAUGUCCACAUAACUUGGACGAGGCCACGGGUUGCAAGGGAGAUAACGAUCCUAUUGAUGUCAUUGAGAUCGGAUAUCGGGUGGCUAAAAGAGGAGAAGUUCUAAAAGUGAAGGUGUUAGGUGUUAUGGCACUGAUUGAUGAAGGCGAGACAGAUUGGAAAGUAGUUGCUAUCAGUAUUCAAGAUCCAUUGGCAGAUAAAUUAAAUGACAUUGAAGAUGUGGAAAAGCACAUGCCUGGUCUUCUACAGGCUACAUAUGAAUGGUUUCGUAUCUACAAGAUGCCUGGUGGAAAUCCACCUAACCAGUUUGCCUUCAACGGAGAAGCUAGAAAUAGAAAAUUUGCUGAAAACGUCAUCGAAGAAACCCACAAGCAGUGGACCAACCUUAUUGGCAAUGCCUCAGAGCCAAACGAUUUAGUUUGCUCUACGGUAGUGGUCGACAGCCCUUUCAAAAUAACCGCAACAGAAGCUAUAGAAAUAGUGGAGAAAAAUCCACCAAAGGGAGAAGCAGAAAGCAUCGAUCCAAUCGUGGAUAAGUGGCACUAUGUUCAGUUAACAUAACUUGGAAACAGAUCAACUAACAAGUUCCACUUUGGGUGUAAACCAUUACAAAUCUAAAUUAAUGACAUGAAUUUCACUGGAAGACAUCUGUGAUGUUUAUGUAAUCAGUGUCACAAGUCUAAUAAAUAAAGCAUUUGUUUUGACUUGAAA